CAAGAUCUUUAUUGCACCAGAGAUGGCGCCUAAAGGAUAUGUCGGCGCUAGAUGGCGCUAUUUUAUAUUUACUCAACAUUUAGGGUUGCAGCACCAUCUUUUUUUUUCUUCUUUUUCUUUUCGAGAAAAAGCUUUGCAGUAGGAAGUACAGUGUUCGAACGAACGACAGUACAAUAGCUACCUCAUAAAAUGAUCAACUUUAAAUACAGUGCGAGGCUGGAUUUCUUCCCCCCGAAUGUGGCCAACAGGUCUAAAUUGUAAAUGGGACUUCCAUCAGUUAGCUAUUGAAACGCUGCUUAUGUACGAACAAACACGAAGGAAGUCUUCUGCCUUAAAACGAGUUGUAAGCUCCUUGCGAUAGCCAAUUUGGCUGAAUCCUUUUGCUGAUGAGUACUGUCUUUUAAAAUGUCUUUAAAAGUCGGUUGUUUGUCGUUCAGGCAGCCCUACGCUGGCCUUAUUUUGCAUGGAGUCAAAUCUAUAGAAACGCGGUGGCGACCUCUGCUGGCAGAAAUGAAAAACUGCACCCUAGCGAUACAUAUAGCGCAGAACGACUGGGAAGGCGAUGACUGGAGAAAUAUCCUUACGCAGACGUUACGAAUGAAACACUCGCAAGUUGAAGAGCUUCUGGAGUCCGGGGAAAGGUUUGGGCGUGGUGUUGUAGCAGGUCUUGUGGACGUUGAGGAAACAUGGUAUUGUCCUGAGGAUGUCCCCCCAGAGCAAAUGGGGGAGCUGGAGAAAGCAGCUUGCCUGACAGGACUUGCACAGAAAUAUCUCACGAAACUAUCUAACCCACGCUGGCUCACAGAACCACUGUAUUCUAGAGGACAUAAAACCAUAUGGACAGUAAAUAUCCCAGAUCAUCUACUGCCUCCUGCUCCUGCUGAAUACAAAUAGAGGAAUCUAAAUGCGUUGCUAAUUGGCUUCGGAUGGAUCGUUCAAAUGGAUGAUAUGCCUCUUGUUUAUAAGUUAUGGUUGUUGUUGUUUUUUUGUUCCAUUUUACAUUGGCUCCAAAUAUUAUGAGCAAUGUAUGUGUUUUACUUGAUCAUACCAGACUAGUUUACAGUACCACAAAGUAAAUCAUAGCAAACCCAA